AUUCCCCUCAAAAUACUUUUGCUUUUACUCUUUUUAUGUAACGACUACAAAUUGAUCGUCACUAUUUAAAAACCCUCUAAAUUCUCAUAAUCUUCGUCAGUAUUAAACGAUCAUUUCUUUGUUCCCGAACUUAAAAACAAAAAUUGCCAAGAGUUAAUCAAGAGUUAGUGGAGAAGUUAUCCGAUUUAGUGAUAUUAGUGAAAGUUGAUCCUAAUGAACAAUCAAAUGGAACGUCCUAGAGGUCACUCUACUACCUAUGAAGAAGAUCAUAUCCAUGAUCAAGAUGCUGGCACGGGGGUACAUAUUGGUCAUAAAGAUGAGGAUCAUGGUGAGAAGAAAUCAGUGCUGAAGAAGGUAAAAGCAAAGGCGAAAAAGAUUAAGGAUAGUAUUAAAGAGCAUGUUGGACAUGGUCAUGAAGUGCACGAUGAUCAUGAUGACGACGACGACGAUGAGAUGGAUGUGGACCCUGAAAUCCACAACACUCACGCUGUUCAAAGCUUUGUGCCAGGACAUGAGGGAGUUGCAAGGCAACAUGAACCAAAACAAGGAGACAGAAGUACAGGUCAAGAAGGUGCCACAGUGAUCAGCAAGAAAGGUGAUGAUUACCAGAAAUUUGAUCCUACUACUGCAAGAUCUAAUCCGGGGCAGGAUGAAACCUUGGGUUGCUCGAGGACGGAUACUGAAAGGCCAAAAGAAUUCGAGGAGCGACCUUAUGCACCAAGGAAUACCCCCAUUGCUGCUAUGCAUUCACGUGAAGGUCAUAGUACUAGUACCGGAAAUUUGGAUAUGGGGAAGAAGGGACCUCCUGCCAAGUAUGGAGGCUUAGUGGAGAGACUGACAGACCUGGAGAAUGAUCCUCAGGCCCCGAAAGAUGUAGGUGAAGAGCGUCAUCCUGCUAAUUAUCAGGCUAAAGUUGCUGAUCCGUCAGGAAAUGGUAAUAAUUCCAAGCCUGCUCAGAGCUAUAUGCCAGGGAUACAUAGAAGUAAAGUGGGUGAAAAAACUCCUAUGGGGGAGAUGCAUGCUUAUCCGUCUAGCAAGCCUCGAAGCGAUUAUCAGAAGUUUGAUCCAACUAAUACAAGCUGUGUUCCAGGGCAAGAGGAGACCUUGGGCUUGUCUAGAACUGAUGCCGGAAUCGUGAAAGGGUCACAGGAGAGCCCUAUGCCUGGGCUACAUAGAAGUAAACAGGGUGUAAGAACCCCUAUGGAAGGGGUGAUCCAUGCUGAUCCGUCGAGCAGGCCUCAAAGUGGUUAUCAAAUCUUGAAUCCUACUACUACAAGCUAUGUUCCAGGGCAAGAGGAAACCUUUGGCUGGUCUAGAACUGAUACUGGAACACUUAAAGGGUCAGAGGAGAGCUUCAUGCCGGGGACACAGAGAAAAGAAGCUAUUGAAAGAACUGCUUUGGAAGAGCUUAUUCAUGCUGAUCCGUCAAGCAAGCCUAAGCCUCAAGGCGACUAUCAGACCUUUGAUCCUACCAGUAUAAGUUAUGUUCCGGGGCAAGAAGAGACAUUGGGCUGGUCUAGAACUGAUACCGGAACACUAAAAGGGUCAAGGGACAGCUCUACGCCAGGGCUACACAGAAGUAAACUGGGUGAAAGAACUGCUAUGGAGGGAGUUGUUCAUGCUGAUCCGUCAAGCAAGCCUCAAAGUGGUUAUCAAACCUUUGAUCCGACUACUACAAGCUAUGUUCCAGGACAAGAGGAGACCUUGGGCUGGUCUAGAACUGAUACCGGAACACUAAAGGAGUUGAAAGAACCUUCUGACAGACACACUAGGAAGCUUGGGGGCAUCUUUGAUAGUUCAGAACACUUGGAGAAAGACCCUCAUGCUCCAACAGGUCCUGGGGAAAAACGUCAUGCGGACAACUACGAGUCUAAAGUUACUGACCCAACAGGCAAGGGUGGUGAAGAAAUAGGGGUUACACCAAUUCUGCAUCACUUGGAUAGAAUGAACAUCCAAGACGAAUCACAGCAAAAAGCAAUAACAAGCCAACAAGAGAGCAUGUUCAAACCCAAACAAAGCCCACAAGAUGAGAAAAUAUUCACUGGAAGCCAUGAUCAAUUCUCUCCAGAGCCGGUUACUUCUAAGACAGUUGUGUUUUCCGAAAUCCCAGAGUCGGGGUCUCAGUUUGACAGUACCAGUUCAGGUGUGAUGGGAUCACACGGCGACUCAGAACAGACACAAGGAAGUUAUACUGAGAAAAUAACGUCUGCUGCUGCAAUGAUGGCUGACAAAGCAAAGCAAGCGACGAGUUCUGUUACAUCAAAGCUAGGGUAUGGGGGAAGUUCUGAUCAGCACUCAACUAGUGCAACCUCAGGACCUCAUGAUACACAUUCUGAAUCAGGGGGUUAUGGCGCGAAAAUAUCGAAUGUCACAGCUUCUAUAACUGGUAAGGCUGUACAAGCCAAGGAUGCUGUAGCCACAAAACUAGGCUAUGGAGGAACCCAUGAGAGGCAGCCUGUGCAAGAAGGGGCAUUCAAGGGAGGGUCAAAUGUUGAAACAGUAACACGAUCCACUGUGGGCUCGGAUGUGCAUGGUUCGGAGAUGGGGCAUGAGGUGGACCCUAAUACUACAACUGGACCUUCUGCUUGGACGGAUAGAGGAGUGUCCGUGAAAACGUUCUUGGCCGAGAAACUGAAGCCUGGGGAAGAAGACAAGGCGUUAGCCGAUGUCAUUGCUGAUGCAUUGCCCUUGCACAAGCAUAAGGAGGAUGUAAGCGGGGCCGUGGAGGAAGACGGAAGGAGGAAAGUGACAAUAAAAGGGCGAGUAACGGAGUCUGAAGAGGUGGCAAGAGAGCUUGGAAGGAGUGAGGAUACGAGUUAUGACGAUGCUGGUGCCGGGUUGGCUAGUCCUGGAAAGGGUGUAAUGGAAAGGAUCAAAGAUGCUGCUGGUGCCUGGUUUCAGAAAGGUGGUGAAACUCUACCAAAGGAUGCUACAGAAGGUGUUGUAACAGGGGUCAAAGAUGCUGUUACAGAAAAGUGGUGAAUCUCUAUCAAAGGAUACUAUAGAAGGAAAUGGAAGCUCUCCUAGAAUUUCCUCAUAGUAAGGCAAGUGAGCAGAAUAGAGCUGGAGAAACAGGAUUUCAGUGAUAAUCUUACUCCAUUCGAGUGUUGCUAAUGUACUUGAAAUUAUAUCAGUUGUUGUAAAUUAUGAACUAAGACACUUAUUACAGUUUGUGAAUGUUUGUAUGUGAUGCUGCUGGUUACACUCGCACAAAUCAAUAUUAUGUGAUGUGAGUUGUUAUCUAGAGUUUUCUUGCUAUCUAUCUUAUGUUAUGUUUUGUUACUUUGCUUUUCCAGUAAAUAAAAACUAUCAGAUAUUUGUGUUUA